UUUGUAGGCGGCCAGUGUUCAGGGGAAAACACGUUGGGCACAAUUUCACCUCAAAGUUCUCUCGCCUCUAUUAAUCCAAUCUUCCGGCGUCAGUUGAACCCCAUCCCGACCCUUUCAUCCCGCACCUAUAAACCUUCUAACCACUUCUUCACCUUCUCGUCUUCUACAGUCUCACUUUCUUUCGUCCAUUCUACUUCUUUGUCUUUCUGUUACGCAGUCGCUCCUUUGGGCUUUCUUUCGGCGCCUUUAAUUGAGCAGGGUCUCACCCGUCAUCUCUUCAAUCGCGUGCGUCCUGUCCGCGUAUCUCGACAACAUGGCCGACAUCCUCAAGUACGUUUCGGUUCCUACGCUCGACCACCCCUUCGGCGUCCACCUAUGGCCUGUCUUCGACAAGGCCUAUACGGCCGUUAUGGGCUAUUCGGCGGACGACUUCGAAUUUAAGGAUGGGGUGACCCCUAUGUCGACCCUCAAAGAGACGGCCAUUGCCUUGAUUGGAUACUAUGUUAUAAUCUUUGGCGGUCGAGAGUUGAUGAAGCAUCGCGCGCCAUUUGUUCUCAAGGGCCCUUUUAUUGUCCACAACUUGGUCUUGACCAUAAUCAGCGCUGUGCUGCUCGCACUUUUCACCGAACAACUUUUACCAACUCUGGUUCGAAGGGGUGUCUUCUAUGCCAUUUGCGACGUCAAUGGAGGAUGGACCAAGGAAUUGGUUCUGCUGUACUAUAUGACCUAUCUCACCAAGUACCUCGAAUUGGUUGACACACUCUUUCUGGUUCUCAAGAAGAAGCCUCUCACAUUCCUUCACACCUACCACCAUGGUGCGACUGCGUUGCUUUGCUACACCCAAUUGAUUGGUCACACGGCGGUUUCCUGGGUUCCAAUCACAUUGAACUUGCUUGUGCAUGUGGUUAUGUACUGGUACUACUUCCAGGCCGCGCGUGGUAUUCGGAUCUGGUGGAAGAAAUACAUCACCAUCCUUCAGAUCACUCAAUUCGUCAUCGACCUCGGCUUCGUCUACUUUGCGUCGUACACCUACUUUGCCAACAGCUACUUCCCAUGGGCGCCAAACAUGGGCACCUGCGCCGGAGAAGAGUUUGCCGCCUUUGCUGGUAUUGGCAUCCUCAGCUCUUACCUUCUCCUCUUCGUCUCUUUCUACUUCGCCACGUAUAGGAAACAGACUGUUUCUGGCCGCCCUAGAAGAAACACUGGAAAGGAGGCAUUGAUUGCCAUGAAAGACGCUCCCCUACCAGACCCGCACAAAGUCUCAGACUCCGCAAUUGCCACUGGACGAUCGAACGGCGGACCGGUUACACGUUCGCGGAAGGCUUAGACGGUCGAAGUGGAUGAUCGUUUCAGCAAUGAAAUGUUCCGCUCAUUAACCCGCGUCAUUCGCCCUACGGAAAGUGGACUGACGGGCAGCAAGUUCCAAAGUUGGUCUGGGAAAUUCCCGAGGCAUGAACGGGGAGACGCCGGCGAGACGAUAGAACCACCUCGGUGCGCGAUACCGGUUUGCGAAGACCGAGGCCAAAUCCAGGAAGGGGGCAUGACUGCUGCAGCGCUCGCCACCCCGGGCGGGCCAGAUGCUGCGUAUACACUGUACAAAUAUGGGGAAAGAUGAGAGUGUUGGUCCGCUGAGUGGGCUUCAGGUCCAAGUCCAGGAUGCAUGCGGAUCAUGCUCUCUUUCAGUUUUUCUAAAUUGUGUGAUUAGAUGCAUUUUUUCGUGUUUAGUGCACGAGUUAAUGGUGAAAAGAAGAGGUGUCACAUAGCUCAAGAAUAAAAAGAAUAAAAUACUCAAAUAGCUGAACAGAUAUAAUCUCUCAUCGCGGUA